AUGAUAACACAUCACAAAGUUGAUGGUUACGAAAAUUUUUUAAAGUUAUUAGGCAUUAUCGAUUGCAAAGGAACCGUUAUACUGUACUUUUGUGGUUCUCCUAAUCCUGUAGGCCUCAGUUGGAAUCCGAAAUGCAAUAGAAGUGGGCCCAUUGUUCAUAGCGUACUUAAAAAAAAUGAAAGGAAAAAUUUUCAUUUUGUACAUGUUGGAGUUGGCACUUACAACGAGUGGAAUGACCCGUUCUGUCCUUUCAAAACCCACAAAGACAUUCAAUUGAAACAUUUACCUACAAUCAUUUACUGGCGUAAACCAACAAGAUUAUGUGGAACUGAGUGUUGUGAUCAAGAAAAAGUAAAUCAGAUGAUUGAAAAUUUACCGUAA